AUGGCAGUAAAGAAAAAAUCAAAUGUUGAAACAAAGAACAGCAUGAAAAGUAAACACAAACUUGAAAGUACAAAGAAAAAAGUACUUAAGAAUCAGAAGAAAAAAGAUAAAAGGAAACAGUAUUCUUCUGAUGAUGUCCAAAAGGCUCUCGAUGCAGUGAACAAGGGUCUAUCUUACAGAGAAGCUGCAAAGAAAUUUGGAGUUCCAGCAACUUCUAUUCACAGGGCAUUACAACAUCCUAAAAAAUUAAAUUCAAGGCAUGGUCCGGCUCCAAUUUUAUCUACAGAAGUAGAGAAAGAAAUUAUCCACUGGAUACUAUAUCGAGCAGAAAGAGAUUACCCGGUGUCUAAGACUGAAUUAUUAGAUAGUGUACAAGCUUAUAUACGUAGACUGAAAAUACAAACUCCUUUUACCAAUGAUAGGCCAGGUCGUCAUUGGUAUGAAAAUUUUCGACAGCGUCACCAACAAAUCACUCUUAGAACACCUCAACAGUUAACACUUAUUCGUGCUCAAGUCAGUGAAGAUGAUUUGAGAGGGUGGUUCGAAGAAGUGAAAGCAUACUUAGUAAAAAAUAACUUACUUAACAUCCAUCCGUCAAGAGUUUUUAAUUGUGAUGAAACAAAUAUACAACUUAUACCCAAAUCCGAGAAGAUAUUAACUCGAAAAGGUGCAACUACAGCAUACAAAGUUGUUCACGGAUAUGAAAAGGAAAGUAUAACAGCAUUAUUCAUGUAUGCUGCUGAUGGUACACGUGCUCCACCACAUGAUAAAAACAUCAUUCUAACGAGAAAAACGACUGUUCUAACAAUAGUGAUUCUUUGCCUUUGAACAGGCACGAAAACAAUAUUGAAAAUGUAAUCGAUCUAAGCACAAGAUCACAUAAAAGUGAGAUUAAACCCCGUUUUGCCGAUGCUCUUAUACUACCUGAAGAGUAUUUACCGAAGAAUAAAAAAAUGAAAUUACGAGGAUCAAGAAAACCUAGACUACCUUGUGUUGGCACGUCAGAUGAGUGGUGGAAGAUACAUAAAGAAAAAGAAGAAGCUGAGAAAGCUGAACAAGAAAAGCUUGCGAAGAAAAAAGCUUUACAAGAAGA